ACCAUAUCCAAUCACCGUAUGGCGAUGACCGUAGACGGCGUUGCAACAUACCAUUGACCGCAUCGCACCACGUGCAGCGCCAAACUUCCUUCCUCCAUCCCCCUCGCACUCACGCGAGCCCGAUUUUCCAACCAUCCCCAUCCCUGUCUCGUGGAAAACUGUAGGGCAGGAUGCUUCGUUUCCUCAGUUGACGUCGCGUACUCGCGACGAACGGACGUGUUGAGGGGCGGCGAUUUUGUCCUGCAUUUUACGAUACGUAAACUAGAUUUGCAUAUGGUGUGCUUAUAACUUUACUAACUUUGCCGGCGCGGUGUGAUCAACUUUAGAUCCGAUCUCGUCCGAUGGACCGCAGUGAAUUUUGUAUGAAACGGUUCGUUUAGUGCUAAAGUGAAUUUUAGUAGUGAGUGACGGUAGUGGUUACAUUUAGAUUAGUGUAGCGACAUAGUGAAGUGUUGUGAAUAGUGACAUUGUUUUAUGGAAUGGAGAGCUAAAGAGCCAUGGAGAGACGGGAAGAGGUACACAGGCAUGGGUGCAGUAUAGCCAAGCAGACGAUUCUGACCACGCACCCAAGUGGCUUGCAGACAAGAGUGUCUGUGGAACUGGCGAAUUUCGAUGCAUUAUGCAUGCAUUCUGAAUGUAAAAGCCCGGCGAAAAGACCAAUGUGGGAAGGCAGUCCUUUCCUAUCUCGCCGCGUUUUAGGGGGGAUUUCGGCUCACGGGACCCCGGUGCUUGGGCGGAGGAGUGAUGCCGUGAACGAGGGGAGGCUGUCGCAGCAAUGUACUCCGGUUAUGAGGAGACGGGAGGUGGACAGUCCGGGAGGGUCGCCGCUGCCGGUGAGGAGGGCGGAGGAGGUGGAAAGUGAUGUGGAUAAUAGUGUCAUCAGUGGCUGGCUGAAGUUUCGGGACAACAAGCGGUGGAAAUCAAGAUGGGGCGUUGUGACGAAACUCUCACCAGCCGCAGACUGUCUCCACCUGCAACUAUACCGCGACCCAAAAGACCGCUUCAAAAAAGGUCAAACAAAGGCUUCGCUGUCCCUGCAGCAGUUUCUGGGCUUCGAGUCAGGCUUCACUCUCGACAAGGAGUCUAACACCAUCGCCAUCAUCUGCCAGGACGUCAUCGUGGUGCUGGCUUUUGAGACCAGGGAACGACUUAUUGCUUGGCAGGUGAAAGUGGGAAGUCAGCUGGGCUCCUCCAAAGAAUGGCUCGUGUUGAUUGGAGGAGGGUCUCGUAAGCUACCAGCAGGUCCGGCGAGGUUACAUCUCCAGGGCAGACGGUUCGCCCUGGCUAGCGGGGUCCCUCCGCGUUUGCUGGGCCUUUGGGAAUUGGCGCAUUUGAGACGCUACGGAGUGGUAGAGGGGCGGUUCUGCUUCGAAGGCGGCUCUCAUUGCGGCAAGGGUGAAGGGCUGCACGUGCUCAUCACGGACCAAGCUCAAGACAUUACCGACGGCUUUGAUUCUGCAGUCCAUGGGAACCCGAGAGGACCGGCGUCUAGGAAAAGUGGAGGUACUCGUAAGAAAAUAUUUUCUUCUAAAUUAAUACGAGAUGCUCCUAGAACAAUAUUAACGACUAAAUUUAUUUUCUCAGGUGCUGACAGGAAUCGUCCCGACACCCGACUGUCAGAUAUAAACCCAGACCAAUCAAUACCAGACACGGGUCUGUAUGAAGAAAAUUUCUUCGGCGAAGACUGCGAGGGAGUCUCACCCUUUUGGCCAUCGGACGAAAGGCGAGGAUUCGAUGACCACGACUGCAAAGGAUGCGAAGAAAAUACAAGGCCUCCGUGGAGCGGAGCUGAUCAUGUUACCUUGGAAAGAUGCAGCAAUUGUGUGACUAAACUAGGCACAAUGACUCGAUCUUCAACUGUUGCACUUACACCUGGUACUCAAUUCAAUCCAGCUUGGACGAUGGAAGCAGUACCAGAAAGCAGCUCUGACAACUCUUCGAAUAGUACAGAAUAUUUGACGCCGCGAGCAAUAAGAAAGAGCCUGGAAGCAAGUCAGAACAAAGAGUGGUGGGCUCCACAAAGGCCACCUAAACCUGCGAGGCUGGAAGAAAUAAAAGCACCAGCUCCUUUGCCAGUCACAGCGUGCACCUGUGCGAGUGACAGAACUACAACGGCCAUUAUUAAUAAUCCAAAAGUGGGACCUUAUGAAAACUAUGACGUUCCUAAAGCUACCCAUGUUGAGGUGGAACCUACAAAUGAGUAUUACGAUACACCAAAAAGGAUAAAGAAAGCUCUUGCCGAAGAUCUAUUUCAAGUCACCAAGAAUUCUGCGCCCGGAAAUUUAGUACUAAAGAAAAAUUGCGGAUGCAUAUUAAAAUUCGGAUCCAAAAAGAAACCGGUAAUAGUUGAAUGUGAAGAAAACAUCCAGCCAGUUGAAUGUCCUUGUCAAAAAGUCACCAACUGGGCAAAUAACUUAAUAAGUCUUCCUUACUGUAAGAGAAGUGAGAAUUAUGAUAAAGUUAAUACAGAAAUUCUCACCAGUCAGAAAUCAGAAGAAAUGGCCCUUUACGCUACUGUUGAUGUUUCACGUAAAACGAAUAGACAAAGUUCAAUAGCCGAAAAAGAUAGCGUGCAUGAUUAUAAUGAAACGCCAUUAAUGAACUAUGAAAACUUAGGGCCAAAAGGAGAAGAAUUUGAAGACCCGUACGCCAACUAUGAAAAUCUUGAAUUCGCUUUAUCGUUAGAAUAUUACGAAAAUGCUAAAGAUUUGUUGAAGAAAGCUGGUGUUACACAAAAAGAAUUAGACGCGUUAAGUGCUAAUGUUGAUUUUGCUGAAGUCGCGCUCCCACCUAAAUCAAAACAUUGUGCAAAAUGUGGUCACUCAGCAAAACACCAGAUUAUGAAAAAGAAUAAAAGCGACGAAUAUUUACUUAUGGAACCUCCCAAAGAUAUCAAACGAGACUUAUGUCGAACAACAGGGCCAAACCCAGGUUACACCCCAAUGUCACCAAAUCCUAAUUGGUCUCAAAGCUUAAGACAUCCACUGCAAAAAUUUAACAGAGUUGAAAUUGAAAAGUCUUUAAGUAUACCAACGCUUAACGGUGGUGCGAUUAGGGCACAGACUUUUGAUACAACAUUGAGUAAUAACAAUAAGGAAGCAAUACAAAAACGGUCUAGCUCAGUAGACUCAGCGAGACUACUAGAAGACCUGAAGGAAUUCGAUAGUAGUAUCGGCAGUCACGCAACAUCUUCUUCUUUAGAAACUUUAAGGAAUUUAGCAAUUGAAAAUAGGAGAACAUCCUCUCCUUGCGACAACGAGAGAGAGUGCUGUGAUCAUGACUGUUGCAAGUCAUCUGAUUCUGAAAACAAAACAUCAGAGGGCAGUUCUAAAGACGUGCCUCAUUUGAGGAACAAACAUAUGGACAAUGCCCAAAUUAAAAGAUCUUCAAGCGUUCCAUGCAAGUCCGGAGGUAACAGGGACUCAUCGAGCUCAAAUGAUUCGGGAGUCUCAAGUUGCUCAAUGAAACAUGGCCCUGAAAUCAAUGAAUUUGAGAUGCCACUAACCUCAGGGUAUUCUAGAUAUCAGUACAUGGCGCAGAGGAGAAUGAGAGGCAAUGCUACAGGCUGCAUACAUUCAUCUUUGCCCAGGAAGUCAAAGUCAUCAGACCCACUAAGGGACAUGACAAUGCAGAUACAUAAGGCUAACGUGCCGGCUAAAUCUUCUUCGGCAGAAGCAGAAGUGCCGGUGCUUCCUCCGAAACAAUUUAAAGGAGUUAUGGACACACACAGCACAUCGAGUGGAACGUCUGACAUGUCAGAUUAUAUCGAAACACUUUCACUUACCUCGUCGCAUUCAUCUUCAGAUAACCCAAACUUGAGGUUGGCUCGGCAGCCUACAACAACGCUCCGGCCACGUUCCGGCAAGGAAUACCACAACCUGGACCCCAUCAUCACUUCCAUGUACAAGAGCGGGAAGGAACUGUCCAACUACACUAACUUACCCUAGAAGAAGAAAGAAGAAAAAUAGAACAGGAGUUAGAAAGCAAAUCAGUUUUGUAAACUGAUGCCCAUUUUCGUUGAGUUUCGUUUUUCUGGUAUUGUUACCGAGGUUUAAUAAAUGAAAUAGAAAGAUCUUUUGACAAACAAAGGUUUACCAACUAGACGAAGAUUUAUUUAGUCAGAAUUGAGCGUGGCGCGUCAAUAAACUGUUUUGUUCAGUGUGAUAAAUUUAUUGUAUACCUUACUCUGUAAUUAAUUUGCAUGAAUAAAUUUAAAAAAAUACGAUUAAAUUCCAUGCGAUUACAUGUUUGAUGUACAAUGAAUUUCACGUUUGCACUCAGGUAAACAACAAUAUUAACAACACAUUUAUUUUACCUUGACUACUUGACAGAUCUUUCUAGUUUUAGAUUUAAAUACUCAAUAGGAUCAUAUUUUGUUGAAUCUUGUUUAUUUGUGCCAUAUUUUUCGUUGAUUUGUAGUUUUAUAUUAAAAUCCAGUAAAUUGUCUAAUCAGACGAUUAAAUUUGAUUGAGAGAGAUGUAAAAAUUAAAGAAACAGAUAUAUUUAAUGAAAUAAAUUAUAAUAUUGGAAAGGUAAACGUAGUCACUAAGCUAGAUUACAGUCACAGUAAUGCGGUAAAAUUAGUAUUAUUUUAUGAUACUGACGAAUUAUCAGACCAUGUUUUUGUACCAUGCAAUAACAAAGAAUUAGAAAUCUGGAUUGAUAAAGAAAUAGCUCAUGUUACGUUUGUAAUUUAUUGAACACAUAAGACUGAUUUUAUUAAACAUUUUUGCAUGUAUGUUAUACUUUGUUUCACACACGAAUCUAGUCAGAAAUGGUAUGAUAUAUUUAUUUAAGUAAUAGAUGGUUGUAUAGAUGUAAAAAAUAGGGUAUUAUUAUAAACAACGAUUACCGGCAGUACGAGUAGUGGUAGAUGUAAAAAUACAUUUUAUACGACAAUUUUCUUACAAUAUUUAUCCUUGUAAAAUAUAUCCUUCGCAAAUUAUACUACUCAUCAUAGUCCUACUGACAUAGUUAUUUGUGUCCUUCAUUAUAAAAACGUAUGUAAUGAAAAUGAAUAAUGAUUAUUAAUAUCGAAAGAAGGUUUGAGAUAUAUUAAAUGAUUAAUCUAAAUCUACCCUCUUGGUUUCAUUACUAAGAAAGAUGGUCUUUGUUAAGUGAAACAUUAUCACAUCUACAGGUAUCGAAGACAUUUAGAAAAAUAUAAUGGUUAUUUGAUAUGCUCCGUUUAGGGGGUAAAAUCUCUUCUGGGAAUUUCACAAACUCACUUUAGCUGACACUAAUCUAUUGGUUAAUUAUUGAAACUCUAAAGUACAUUAAUAUAAAACCAAUGAGAUUUUAUUGUUCUAUUGUUGGUUUCAAGUAUAGUCUAAAGUAUAAAAUGUUUGCGCGACUUCGUUACUUUUCACAGUGACAAUAAGAUCUCUUUCGGCAUUCAGGUAUCGUCUUGGGUCGCCCAAUUAGUUUUUCGUCAACUUCUUAAAUUAGUCCUAUUCUGUUUUCGUCACUCAUUCUACAUUCGUCACAAUCGUCGGUGGCUUUCAAUGUAGAAUGAGUGACGAAAGCAGAAUAGGACUAAUUUAAGAACUUGACGAAAAACGAAUGGGACGACCCAAGACGAUACCGGCAUUCAUAUUGAUGUCACCGUGAUAAGGGCACGAAAAGGCAAAUAAAAUCUUGACCGUAACUGUAGUAAUAGUAUACGUAACUACCUAAUAAAUUAGCCAUCAAUAUUUAUUCUGACUGUUUUUGACCAUUAUGAAUCAACAUAAUCAAUCAGACUAAUUUUGCUCAAAUAAGGCAUUUUAAAGGCAAGGGACGAUAAGUGCAAUAUCAAAUAUAGUAAUAGUUAAUUUAAUACCUAUUUACUUUCAGUAGUACAUUCGCUAGUUCGUUCAUAUACCUACCGGUACUGUAUCCUCUAUGUAUACCUAUCUACUAUACAUAAUAAACUAUUAUAGA